AUGGCUCCUACUCAGGGCAAACCUUUCCCCCACGGGAUCCACGUUCCCAGCUUGACGUGGUUUAAAGCUACGGCUGAGCAAGAAAUCGAUUGGGAUGUGCAAAGAAAACACUUGGAAUUUCUUGUCAAGUCUGGUCUACAUGGAAUUGUCCUCGCCGGCACCAACGGGGAAGCCGUCACCCUUACGCGUGAGGAGAAGGCCCAACUAGUCCAGCUCACUCGAAAGAUUGCCGUUGAAUCCGGCCGUGGAGAUCUUCCAAUCACUCUUGGUUGUGGAGGGCAGUGCACACGCGAUGUCAUUGCAGAGACGCGUCUCGCCGCUGAAGCUGGUGCCGACUUUGCCUUGGUACUCGCUCCAAGCUACUUCCACUUUGCCAUGAAUCAGGAUGCUAUUGUUGCCUUUUUCCAAGAGCUCGCUGAUGCUAGUCCCGUGCCCAUCGUCAUAUAUAAUUUCCCAGGUGUCGCCGCCGGAUUGGAUGUAAACUCUGAGUCGCUGGAAGCCCUUGGUCACCAUCCCAACAUUGUCGGAGUCAAAUUGACCUGUGGAGGAAUCGCCAAAGUGGCGAGAAUACGCGCAACAUUUGAGCCAGCACAAUUCUCGGCCUUGGCUGGGCAAAGCGACUGGCUGACCCCGGCGCUCUCCGUAGGAGGCACUGGUGUGAUAACUGGCAUUGCAAAUCUUUUCCCCAAAUGCUGUAUCGAAAUCUUCGACCUCUUCGUAGCCGGGAAGACAAAGGAGGCGGAAGCUGCGCAGCUGAAACUUGCACGCAUGGAAUGGGGAUUCGCCAAAGGAGGGAUCAACGGAACGAAAUGGAUUGUAGCUAAGCUUCUCGACUACCCACAGGAAAGCCACCAUUGCAGACGGCCUUAUCCUCAGUAUGCUGACCCCAAGCAACAAGAGUGGAUGACCGCCACCUGCAGCAUUUUGGUAGACGACGAAAAGAGGUUUAAUUCUGCG